AUGCCUGGAAAUAUGCAGAAUCAUCAUUCUUCUUCCAGACCUAGACCUAGAGGCUUAAUUCCCAAUCUCUUCCUCGUCGUCCUCGCCGUCGCUGCUCUCUUCUUCUGCUACAAUUUCUUUCCGUCCGGAAGCACCUCGGUUUUCUAUUCGAUUCCGACGACGCGGACGGAGAGAUCAUUCGUGGCUUCGUUGGAGCAUUUUUUGACCCAUAAGGCGCCGAAGCUUUCGUCAUCGGUUAGGGAUGACACGGUGCGUGGAAAGAGUGAAGAGCUUGCUUUGAAGCUCGAUGAAAUGGUGUUUGAGAGAGAGAAUCGGUUGUUGAACGAUGCUCCCGUGGGGUAUCCGGUUAAGGUUUACGUUUACGAGAUGCCGAGGAAGUUUACUUACGAUCUUCUUUGGUUGUUUCACAAUACUUACAAAGAGACCUCGAAUCUCACCUCUAAUGGCAGCCCUGUGCAUCGCUUAAUCGAGCAGCAUUCGAUUGAUUACUGGCUCUGGGCUGAUCUGAUUGCUCCUGAAUCUGAAAGGCGUUUGAAAAGUGUUGUGAGGGUCAAUCAGCAGCAGGACGCAGACAUUUUCUAUGUUCCGUUUUUCACGACAAUCAGCUUUUUCUUGUUGGAGAAGCAGCAAUGCAAAGCACUCUAUAGGGAUGCUUUGAAGUGGAUCACUGAUCAGCCUGCAUGGAAAAGGUCAGAGGGAAGGGAUCACAUACUUCCUAUUCACCAUCCAUGGUCGUUCAAGACUGUCCGAAAAUAUGUGAAAAAUGCAAUAUGGCUUUUGCCAGAUUUGGACUCCACUGGGAACUGGUAUAAGCCUGGGCAAGUUUCUCUGGAGAAAGACCUAAUUCUUCCUUAUGUCCCCAAUGUGGACCUUUGCGAUGCCAAGUGCCUGUCAGAGAAUUCAUCAAAGAGGACCACACUUCUUUUCUUCCGAGGCCGCCUUAAGAGGAACGCUGGAGGGAAAGUGCGUGCCAAACUCGGCUCAGAAUUGAGCAGUGUUAAAGAUGUGAGCAUUACAGAGGGAACAGCUGGGGAUGAAGGGAAAUUGGCUGCUCAAAAUGGCAUGCGCAGAUCGUUGUUUUGUCUGUGUCCUGCUGGUGACACACCAUCCUCUGCGAGGCUGUUUGAUGCCAUCGUCAGUGGAUGCAUACCAGUGGUAGUUAGUGAUGAAUUGGAGUUCCCUUUUGAAGGACUGCUUGACUACAGGAAGAUUGCUGUGAUUGUUUCUUCCGGUGAUGCUACCCAGCCUGGUUGGCUUGUGAAUCAUCUGAGGAGCCUUAGUCCCUCCCACGUCAAGGGAUUACAGAGGAAUCUAGCUCAGUAUUCGCGGCAUUUCCUAUAUUCCAGCCCUGCUCAGCCUUUAGGUCCAGAGGACUUGACAUGGAGAAUGAUAUCAGGUAAAGUGGUGAACAUGAAGCUUCAUACGAGAAGGUCGCAGCGACUGGUGAAAGGAAGUCAGAGUAUUUGCAGAUGCGACUGCUGGCAACCCAAUUCCACAGUCUCCAAUCCUUUGACUCGUGUCUUGUCUUGA